AUGAUGGCGAUCGGGGCCCCUUGCGACCUGGAAGACGGGGAGCUCUCAGCUUCCCCUGCUGCUGCUCAGGCUGCAGUAGCAGUAGCAGCAGCACACGUUGCAGUGGCAGCAAAGGCGUCAUCAGUAGCAGCAGCUGCUGCAAUCGAAGCAUCUGAUGCAGCAGAUGACUUCUUCGAGGCAGUGUCAGCUCACCGACAAGAGCAAGAUCAAAGAUAUGCGAAUGGGAGGAACACUCCUCUCCGUUCCUCCAUUCCUUUGUCAGGUGUACAGACACCUGAAGCUCGAUGUAGAGAUGAGGGGCGCCAACACCACACAGAGGAAUCCUCAGCAGCUCUGUGUCCGUCGGAACCCCCAGAAAAAUUCGUGCCAACAGCGGAGCCCCACCGGGGGCCCCCCAAGACUCCUUCAAAUAGCAGGCCUCCUCAGGGGCCCCCAUCCAAGGGGCACCUAAGGGCAUCGGCUGCUGCCGCUGCAGUUCACGAGCCUCAUGAGGAGGGGGUUAAUGGGGGCCCCGAGGGCGGCAUCGGCAUUUCUUCUCAGGUUGCCCCAAGCAUACCUCUUGAGGGGGCCCCUGGCGGAGGCCAACGAGGAGACCCCUUUCCACCUCCUCACAGCAGCAGACCCUCUGAAGGGGCCCCUGUACUGGAGGCGACAGCAGCAGAAGUAGAGUCUGCUGCACUGGAGCCAUCGCAGACAGACAGAAGGGGCCCCAUGGGGCCCCCGCAGGACACUGCACGCUCUCGGGGGGCCCUCAGUUCUGCCCGCUCUUUGUUGUCGCCAGCGGGCAGCAUAGUUGGCAUGCUGCAGCAACAGCCGCCGCCGCCGCAGCAGCAGCAGCAGCAGCAGCAGCAACAGCAGCAGCAGCAACAGCAGCAACCACGGAGGCUAUCAGACGGCAAGCGAGGGCUCUUGCCGCUGAACCUACAGAAAGCACAUGCUCAACGCAUGCAGACAAUCGACAUUCAAAGGGGAACAGAAGGCGUGGACGGCCCCAUAACGGUGGCACCCGAUGAGGACUUAUUAGACCAACUGCAUAAACUCUCUACGAAAAUCCAGGCACAAGAAGACGAGAAGCGGGUGAUGGCGGAGGAGAGUUUUCAGCUGGAGCAAAUACUGAAGCGGCAGUAUCACGCGGACAUUCGUCAGAAAUCAGAGCAGAACAGACAGCUGGCACUCGACAACCAAACCCUGAGGCAGCAGAUAGAGAAACUGAACGCAGAAUGCGAAGGAUUGAGGGGAGCUGUAGCUGUAGCCGAGGAGGUCAUGGCUUCUUUCUUUGAAAGGCGGAUGCGGCCCCCUCUAGAUAUGCCAUUAAGCCAGCGGGACGAGGAUGACAUCGUCACUGUGUCUACUGAUUCGUCCCUAGAAUGCCGACUUAAUGCUUUAUUUGCUUCGAUAAGAAACGCAGUAGCUGAUGAAGAAGAAACGCUGGACAUUUCAAAAACACAGGAGCUGCAGCAUCGGCUGGAAGGGGCAGCUGCCUUAUGUCGGAAGACGUCUGCUGCAGCAACUGCUGCUGCAGCAACAGCAUCUUCAUCACCCAGACCUGUGGAGAGCUUCACGGAGAGCGCUCAAGUUGUUGCCGGGCUGCCCGCUCAGGUUCGUGGGUCACCUAGAGCUGCUGCAGCGCGAGCAGCCGGAGGUACAGCAGCAGCAGGGGUGGCUCUGCUGCAGCAAGAAAGGAGGCCCCCCACGCUGCCUCGUAUUGACGUUGAUGCGGCUCUGCCCAGCAGCGAAGCCCAGCUAGAAAGCCUUAAACUGCAGAUCGAAAGACUCCGCGAAAACUUGGGUGCCUUCACAGAAGGACUGCUGCAUGCACACGAGAGGCACCUGCAAACGCAGAGAACCCCCAGUGUCGCUGGGGGCCCCGAGGCCCCUCCAGAGAAGGUGGAGGGCCCCCCAAAGUAUGUGGAUGUCUCCCCAGUAGAAAGGGCAUUUUCAAGGUCCCCCACAGCAAAGGAGGUUCAGAAGGAUAUACCCCGGGCAACACCUGCUGCAGCAGCAGUGCAAGUGCCAGCAGCAGCAGCAGCAGCAGCAGCAGCGGCAUCGUCAGCAGCAGCAGCAGCAGUGCAAGUACCAGCAGCAACAGCAGCAGUGCAAGUACCAGCAGCAGCAGCGGGUGCUGCGAAGGGCCCACCAGGGCAUAUGGGGCCCCCAGCGCCAUCAGCAAUAGGAAAGACGAAAUCUUUAUGGGGUGCUGUUCCGAAGCGAGACGACAAGGCAACGCCUGUGCUUCAGCUGCCGCCGCAGGGUGAACGAGUGCGGGGCGCUGUGUUGCGUCCUGCUGCUCCUCACCAGCGACAGCAGCAGCACAACAGCUCUUGCAGUGCAGAAGGAAGCUGGGGAUCAUGUCUGCAGCUUAAUGGGGGGGGAUUCUUCGAUGCUUGUUGUGAAAGGGCAGCAAAACCUGGGGUGGUGCUACCACCACUCAAACAGCGGCAGCAACAGUGCAGCAAGGGGCCCUGCAGCCGGCAGAGGGGGCCCUCCAAGGGGAGCUCCUCUCUGCUGGGGCCCCCUGGGGGCCUUCCCGUAUCCGCCUCUGCGGCGAGUUUGCUGCCAGCCCUGAAGCCGGCUCCAGCAGCAGCAGCUGCUGCUGCUGCUACUUCUCGCGCUUCCAGAGGGGGGCUCAUGGGUUCGGCGUCCGCAGUGGAUCUGUCUGUGGUGGGGAGGCCCCUGGGGCCCCCUCGAGGGCCCCCUCCCCCUACUACAUCGCUUUACACAGGCCCUAGAUACGGCGCCUACCCUGCUUCUGUUGGGACCCUGCAGGGGGGCCCUGUCUUAGGGCCCCUCCCUCUGCCCCGGCGGGUGCAGCAGCGAGCUGUGUUGCCAACAGCAAACAGGAAGCAGUGGGCUGCCUCUUCUCGCAGCAACAGCAGCAACGGAAGCAGCAAGGUAUUCAGCCGCACGAGACGCAGCUGCUCCCCGAUAAAAGAAAGGUCAGAAGACGCUCCAGCUAAGGGGGCCCCAGGGGGUGAUCCCUCCUCUGACAUCCCUGGGGCCCCUCUUUCUAUUGAGUCGAAGGUCAGCCCAUCAGCAGCAGACUCUAGAGGGGAGGCGCCCGACGGAGCUCGUCUUAAGACCCCGCUUCUUGUUCCGGAAGACUGGGGGGCCCCGGGAUCCCAGGGACAGGUGGAGGUGGGGGGGGGCCGGGGGCCCCCCUGUGCCCUCCUCAGGGGCCCUCCGCUGUAUGCUGUAACACCGCCCAGGGAACUGUCGCCUGUCGGGAUGCCGCCAGUUGACUGGAGCAAAGGAGGGGCCCCCUUGUACGCAGAGAGCAUGGGGGACUACGCGGGCGCUAGUGCUGCCCGAGCUGCUGCUGCAAACCAAGAGGCAGCAGCACUAGCAGCAAGACUGGUGUCGCCUUCUUCCACCUCCUUUGUACAUUCUUACAGUCAGCCGCCUAUAAGGGCAUCCCCAAUGGAGGCAGUAGCACACCUGAGCCAUGCUCUGCUGCAGCAGCAGCAGCAGCAGGCGUUCAUCAUGUCUCUGCAGUCUCCAGCAGCAGUAGCAGCAGCAGCAGCAGCAGCAGGAGGUAAUGUAGGCAUUCUUCGAAGCCCUAUAAAUGCAUACAGCCCGGUGGACUGCCGAUGUGCUACCCCACCCAGUAUGAGGUCCCCUCCGUUUGCUGCCGUAUCGGGAGGUCGGGGGGAGCCCCUGAGGGGCCCCUCACCUACCGGGGGGAGGAGUGGGGGCCCUUGGGGAGCAUGCGGCUUGCUAAGCCCUUUGUGUUAUUCUAAUCCCGCUCUUAAGAGCCCUAACAGUAGCCGGAGCACCAGCAACAUCCACAGCAUACAGCGACAGAAGGAAGAAGUGGGAGAGUGGGUCCAAUCGAGGCCCUGA